AGGAGCGGAACUUGGGGGUUCAUUUCUCGCCUUUCUCUUGAUUUGUAUCGAGGGGGGAAAAGGUCCACGCUGACGCCUCGGGGAUAUAGUUUCCUUUGCCAGUUAAUCGAACCGUUCCGGCAUUUGGUUCUUAUUCAGACUGUUUACAUUUUAAUCUCUGAGGAGGGAAGUUGAAGGGAAUGAGCAACAGAGGAAAUCUACCGUGACUGUAGUCGGAGGAGAGAGAGAGCGCGGCUCCCGGUGCCAACAGGGCAGAUAGUUGCUGCUGUCUGUCUGCAGAGCGGAUCAUCACUGGGAGCUGGGGAGGACCGUUAGCUUAACUUUAUCUGUAUGUAGCAGCGGAUAACGGCAAAAAAUAAGAUGGACCUGAAGCUGCUCUUCCUAUCUACACUGUUUGGAGUCCUUUGUCACAGUAGUGCUCAGAAAGAGGGGAACGAGUGCAUCAAUGCCAACGCCAAAUACUGCGGGGAGUGCAUCCAGGCUGGAGCCAAAUGCGGCUGGUGUACAGACCCGAACUUCCUGCAACAGGGAGAGACUGUGUCAACCCGCUGUGAUGAGGUGCAGUCUCUGAUCAACAGAGGCUGUAAUGAAACAAAGAUAGAAAGCCCAUCAGGGGAUCAGAAGAUCAUCAGAAACAAGGCAGUGACAAACCGCAAAAAGGGAGCAGAGAAACUGAAGCCGGAGGAGAUCACUCAGAUUCAGCCCCAGAAACUCAAACUUAUUCUCCGAUCUGGUCAGCCCCAGUCUUUUGACUUGAAGUUCAAACGAGCGGAGGAUUACCCCAUCGACCUGUACUACUUGAUGGACCUGUCCUACUCCAUGAAGGAUGAUCUGGAGAAUGUCAAGAACCUGGGAACCAGUCUGAUGCUGGAGAUGUCAGCGAUCACUUCAGACUUCAGGAUAGGUUUCGGCUCCUUUGUGGAAAAGACAGUCAUGCCGUACAUCAGCACCACUCCAGCCAAACUGCUGAACCCGUGCACAAGCGACCAAAACUGCACCAGCCCGUUCAGUUACAAGAACGUCCUGAAGCUGACCAAUGAUGGCAAGAAGUUCAACACCCUGGUGGGUCAGCAGCACAUCUCUGGAAACCUGGACUCUCCUGAAGGGGGCUUUGAUGCCAUCAUGCAAGUGGCUGUAUGCGGGGACCAAAUUGGAUGGAGGAAUGUGACUCGUCUGCUGGUGUUCUCCACCGAUGCCGGCUUCCACUUUGCUGGCGAUGGUAAACUUGGUGGCAUCGUUCUGCCGAAUGACGGGAAAUGUCACCUGGAGAAUAACGUUUACACCAUGAGCCACUACUAUGACUAUCCCUCCAUUGCUCACCUGGUUCAGAAGCUGAGCGACAACAACAUUCAGACCAUCUUUGCAGUCACAGAAGAAUUCCAGCCUGUUUACCAAGAGCUGAAAAAUCUGAUUCCAAAGUCUGCUGUAGGCACUCUGUCUGCCAACUCCAGCAAUGUCAUCAACCUUAUUAUAGAUGCUUAUAAUUCCCUCUCAUCUGAGGUCAUUUUGGAGAACAGCAAGCUUCCAGAGGGAGUGUCCAUAGCUUACACUUCCCGCUGUAAGAACGGAGUGGUUAGUGAAGGCGAGAACGGACGAAAGUGCUCCAACAUCUCUAUUGGGGAUGAGGUCAUGUUCACCAUCAGUGUGACAUCCAAGGGGUGUCCCAAACAAGGCAAGCCUGAGAUCAUUAAAAUCAAGCCCCUGGGAUUCACAGAGGAGGUGGAGGUAACCCUCAACUUCAUUUGUGAGUGUGACUGCCACAAAGACGGCAUCGAGAACAGUGACCUGUGCACCUUUGGUAACGGCACCUACGAGUGUGGAGCCUGCAAGUGUAAUGAAGGACGUGUGGGCAGACAAUGUGAAUGCAGCAGCAACGAUGUAGCCACAGAGGACAUGGACCGGACCUGCCGUAAAGACAACGGGACAGACAUCUGCAGCAACAACGGAGACUGUGUGUGUGGCACAUGUGAGUGCAAGAAGAGAGACAACCCUGAAGAGAGGUACAGCGGUCAGUACUGUGAGUGUGACAACUUCAACUGUGACCGCUCUGGAAACAAGCUGUGUGGAGGGCAUGGCCGCUGUGAGUGCAGAGUGUGUGUCUGUGACCCCAUGUGGACUGGAAGUGCUUGUGAUUGCUCUCUGGACAAUAGUACAUGUAUGGCCAGCAACAAGCAGGUCUGUAACGGCAGAGGGACAUGUGAAUGCGGUACCUGCAAGUGCACUGAUGCCAAAUUUCAGGGGCCCACCUGUGAGACCUGCCCUACCUGUCCAGGAGUCUGCACACAACACAAGGAGUGCGUCCAGUGUCGGGCAUUUGGCACUGGAGAGAAGAAAGACGUAUGUGAGAAAGAGUGCAGUGACUUCAACCUGAUCAAAGUUAGAGACAGAGACAAGCUGCCACAGCCAAACGACGCUUCCUACCCCGUGAUGCACUGCAAGGAGAGGGACGCCAAUGACUGCUGGUUCUACUACACCUACGCCGUCAACAACGACACGGAGACGGAGGUCCAUGUGGUCGACACUCUGGACUGCCCUGCUGGUCCUGACAUCAUCCCCAUCGUAGCAGGCGUGGUCGCCGGCAUCGUCCUGAUUGGCUUAGCCCUGCUGCUCAUCUGGAAACUUCUGAUGAUCAUCCACGAUAGGAGAGAGUUUGCCAAGUUCGAGAAGGAAAAGAUGAACGCCAAAUGGGACACGCAAGAAAACCCCAUAUACAAGAGUCCCAUUAAUCAGUUCCAGAACCCAAACUAUGGCCGUAAAGCUGCUGUCCUCUAAGGUGAAAAUCCCAUUUAUAAAAGUGCUGUCACGACUGUGGUCAAUCCUAAAUACGAAGGAAAAUAAUGGCUCCAUAGUUCUGUAAUAAACUCUGCUAUCAAGUACCAUCUGAAAACUGCAGUAUUCACCGUGGAUCUGGUGGGAUCUGAAGGAGAAACCGUGGUGGAAUUUGUCCCUUUUUUUGUCGCUUUUACUGUUACGAUGUACCCUACGGCCACUGCAUCUGUCUUUUUACUAACACUUUUGAUUUAUAUGCAUUUGUUGUAUUUUUAGAUGUACAGUAUACAGUAUGUGUAUAUACUUUUAAGUUGCAUAUUUGCAGAAAUGAUGAAAAUGAAGGUGCUUUUUUUUUCCUGCCGCAGGACUGGUAUGGGCAGAGGAAUAGCUUUUUUUUUUUACCAACGCAGCAUGGACAUUUUGGAUAUGAACAAGAAUUUCCCAGCUUCUGUCUCACUAGUCUGUCUUCACGUCUCUCUGUGCACUGAUUUGAUUUUGUGUGUUGGAGACAAGACCUGAGUUUUGAAAUCAUCAGCCAUAGAAGCACAUUAUGUCGAAGUGUGUGUAUAUAUAGAAAAAAAUCUGCAACAGGAAGUAUCGAGUAAUAUUUAGCAUUCAACAUCGAUUGGACAGUUGUGUUGGAUCUCUUACGCAGUGGUUGUAAAUGUAGUUUUUAAACUGCAGCCAGAAAAGGUUUUAUUGUAGCCUUUUAUGGAGGAUUGAAUACACGAGAUAAAGAUUAAUAUCACAAGGUGUUGUUAUGCUUUCACAAAGGGACUGUAUACCACUUGUUUAACUAUUCAAACUGUAGCGGUGUUGCACAAUCAGAGGAUUUGUAUAGCGAUUAUCAUGCAACUAAGAAAUGAAAUUUUUUUUUUUUUUUUUGCUAACUGCUGCAGCUCUAUCACUUAUUCUCAGGUCCUUUCCUGUGUUUUUCAAGUACGCCAAAAAUGCUCUUUGUUCAGUGGACUGGUCACCUAAACUCCCCAAAAAAUAAAGGGAACACUUAAAACACAUCCCACAUCUCGAUGAUUGAAAUAUUCCAGUUUAAAAUCUUUAUUCAUUACAUAGUCGAAUGCGUUGAGAACAAAAUAACAUAAGAACAAUCAAUGGAAACCUAAAUCAUUAACCCAUGAAGGACUGGAUUCAGAAUCAUACUCAAAAAAGUAAAGUGGAAAAAUCAGAUCACAGGCUGAUCUAACUUCUGCAAAAUCCCUUAAGACAACUCAAAAUGAGUCCCAGUUGUGUGUAUGGCCUCCACAUUGCGUAUGCACUCCCUACACCGUCUCAGCAUGCUCCUGAUGAGACCAUGGAUGGUCUCCUGAAAGAUAUCCUCCUAGAUCUAGAUCAGGGCAUCAGUCAGCUCCUGGACAUUCUGUGGUGCAACAUGGCGGCGGUGGAUGGGAUGAGACAUAAUGUCCCAGAAGUAGCAUCAAUGCCAUCGUCAUGCAGGAACUACUGACACACUCCAGCUACAUGAGGUUGAGCAUUGCCAUGUAUCAGAAGGAACCCAGGGCCUAUUGCACCAACAUAAUGUCUGUCAAUGGGUCUGAGGACCGCAUCCCAGUACCUAAUGGCAGUCAGGGUACCUCUGGCUAGCACAUGGAGGUCUGUGCGGCCCUCCUAAGAUAUCUCUCCCCAGACCAUCACUGACCCACCGCCAAACCUGUCCUACUAAAGGAUGUUGCAGGCAGCAGAACGUUCUCCACGGCGUCUCCAGACUCUCUCACGUCUGUCACGUGCUCAGUGUGAACCUGCUCUUAUCUGUAAAGAGCACAGGGCGCCAAUGGCAAAUCUGCCAGUUCUGGUGUUCUCUGGCAAAUGCCAGUCAGGCUGCAUGGUGCUGGGCUAUGAGCACAGGCCCCACUUAUAGGUGGUGGGCCCUCAUGCACCCUCAUGGACUCUGUUUUUGACACUUUGAGCAGAAACAUGCACAUUAGUGGCCUGCUGGACAUCAUUUUGUAGGGCUCUGGCAGUGCUCCUCCUGUUCCUCCUUGCACAAAGGAGCAGAUAGCAGUCUUGCUGCUGGGUUGUAGCCUUCCCAAAGUCCCUUCCACGUCUCCUGGUUUACUGGCCUGUCUCUUGGUAUCUCUUCCAUGCACUUGACAGUGUCUUGGGAGACACAGCAAACCUUCUAGCCAUGGUGCGCAUGGAUGUGCCAUCCUGGAUGAGCUGCACGACCUGGGCAACUUCUGUGGAUUGCAGAUACAGCCUCAUGCUACCACUAGGUGAGGGCACUGGAAAAAUGCAAAAGUAACCAGCCAGAAAGGAUGAGGAGAGGGACAUGGUCUGUGGCCACCACCUGCAAAACCAUUUCUUUAUAGGGGCUGUCUUGCCAAUUGCCUCUCCUUUCCACCUGUUGUCUGUCCCAUUUGCACAACAGCAGGUAAAAUUGAUUUACGAUCAGUGUUGCUUCCUAACUGGACAGGUUGAUAUCCUGGACGUGUGAUUGACUUGGAGUAACAUUGUGAUGAUUAUGUGUCCCCUUUAUUUUUUGAGCAGUUUAGUUUGCCUGAUUCAGUUGUGUUCAUCGUCUUUCUUCUCAGUAUUUGUUUAGACGUUAUACGAAUCACCUCUGAGAUGCUUUCACAGCCAAAUGCCUCUAAAACGCCGCACACAAGCCUUCACAGUGUUGUUUUCAAAGUGCCUUUUAUUUCAAUACCAUGUUCUCUCCCAAUGCUGUUAUGACUUAUUUAUUAAAUAAAUGACAAAAACUAUCCGUGUCUUUCUU